GAGUUUUUGUUCAAGGUAAAAGGAAAGACAGAUAUGACUAUGUUCACUUCCUGGGUGUCGCAUCCAGCACAUAACUACACACCUGAAGGGCAUCAUCAUCAUCUUCAUCAUCAUCAUCUUCAUCAUCAUCAUCUUCAGCUCAUAUUCUGUGGAAAAAGGAGACCAGGAGCAGGAAAGAUGAGCCGGUUGGUGCUGCUCGUUCUCCUGACAGUUUUCAGUGCAUUCUUAAGUGAAGCUGAAGCCAAUCCAUUUGUUUACAAUUAUGACAGACUGAGGAUUGGAGGUAUUAUCUUCACGGUCCUGCUCGUAAUCGGAGCCGUCGUCCUCCUUUUCUACGACAAAUGCAGCACAAAGAAGAAAAGCGACGAUGCUGCCAGUCAGAUUUAAACGCAUCACCAGGCCGUAGCAUCAUGGCUAAUCGGAGACGGUCCGAAGUGUGUAGCAGGAUGAGAGCAACGUUUCGGGGGGUUUUUGUUUAAUGCUAGCUGGUAAAAACAGGCCUAUUCUUCAUAUUCUUCAUCCCUCUCUCUUCACGCUCCUUCUUAAAGUCUGCUAGCGGGGUUCAGGGUUAGCAACUGAGCUAAAGCUAAUAAAGUAGUGGAAUGUUGUGUUGUUGUUUAGACGUUUAGAAACGAACUCUAGUCAUGGAUCUGUAACGUUACAGUACAUUAAACCCCCAAUGGGACUUAAUACUA